AUGGACUACUCCUACCUCAAUUCGUACGACUCGUGCGUGGCGGCCAUGGAGGCGUCCGCCUACGGCGACUUCGGCGCCUGCAGCCAGCCCGGCGGCUUCCAGUACAGCCCCCUGCGGCCCGCCUUCCCCGCGGCGGGGCCGCCCUGCCCUGCGCUCGGCUCCUCUAACUGCGCGCUUGGCGCCCUCCGCGACCACCAGCCCGCGCCCUAUUCAGCAGUGCCGUACAAGUUCUUCCCGGAGCCGUCGGGCCUGCAUGAGAAACGCAAGCAGCGGCGCAUCCGCACCACAUUCACCAGCGCGCAGCUCAAGGAGCUGGAGCGCGUCUUCGCCGAGACCCACUACCCCGACAUUUACACGCGCGAGGAGCUGGCGCUCAAGAUCGACCUCACCGAGGCUCGCGUGCAGGCCAAGUGGUCCCUGUGCCCGCAGGUCUGGUUCCAGAACCGCCGGGCCAAGUUCCGCAAACAGGAGCGCGCGGCCAGCGCCAAGGGCUCGGCAGGCGCGGCCGGCACCAAAAAGGGCGAGGCGCGCUGCUCGUCCGAGGACGACGACUCCAAGGAGUCCACGUGCAGCCCCACGCCAGACAGCACCGCGUCGCUGCCGCCGCCGCCGCCCGCGCCCGGCUUGGCCAGCCCGCGCCUGAGCCCCAGCCCGCUGCCAGCCGCCCUGGGCUCUGGGCCCGGGCCGGGACCACAGCCGCUCAAGGGCCCGUUGUGGGCAGGCGUGACUGGUGGUGGGGGUGGUGGGCCUGGCGCGGGUGCGGCGGAGCUACUUAAGGCCUGGCAGCCGGCGGAGCCCGGACCUGGGCCCUUCUCGGGGGUUCUGUCAUCCUUCCACCGGAAGCCCGGACCCGCCCUGAAGACCAAUCUCUUCUAGCCCCGCGACUCUGGAGGCUCUGGGCCUGCUCCCAGAGACGCCCCUGCCCCGCCAGGACCUCACAGAGUCCCUCCCCAUCCCGGCUGCCUGCCUGGAAGUCCUAUCCUCCCCCAACCCCUACUGUUUCUGGCCCCUAGGUGUACUCUCCCCAGCUUUGGAGACCAAGUCAGAGCCACUCUUGUCCUCACCCACCCCCACCCAGCAAAAGCAGUAUACUUCUCACAGGGACAUCUUCCAGGAGAGCCCGGAGCCCCUUCUUCUAGCUUGGCCUUCCUUGGAUCCGGGAUCAAAGAACACCCGUCUCUAACACUGUCCCAGAACGUGAGGGUACUCAAGGAGAACCGGCCCGGCCCCCUCCCGGGGCUCUGCAGUUAGCUGAGUCACGCCUCACCCUGGUGACCACCAGUGUCUGCUACGCCAUCCCUCGGACACACCCAUACUGAUCCCACCCGGGCGUGCAAGGGCCCGUCGUAGUUCGUCGCUGAGAUGGUCGUGGUCCAGCGUCCCGCCGCCAAUUCGUCCCUCACGUGUCCCCUCCCAUCCCCAGCGCGUGUGGCGCAGAA